CUUUUUCGCCAUUUUACCCCUGGUGCUUGACGUCCGAAAGGAGCGAAGCACCAAUUCCGGCGUGUUUUAUAAGUAACAAUUUUCUCUAGUUGCUCCUAAUGAUCUAGCACCGUCUAAUUCAUCAUGCCGACGUAUUUUCAACGACCUGAAAAUGCUCUUAAGCGAGCAAGAGAGUUUAUUGAUGUUGGAAAGAAACAUCGAGCCUUGGAUGCUCUUUAUGAUGUCAUCAAGAGCCGAAAGCAUCGAACAUGGCAAAAAGUGCACGAGCCAAUCAUGCAGCAAUAUUUGGAGCUGUGUGUGGAGCUCAAGAAAAGUCACAUCGCAAAAGAAGGCCUCUUCCAGUACAGGAACAUAUGCCAACAGGUGAAUAUAAAAUCUUUAGAAGAUGUAGUACGUGGUUACCUGGACUUGGCUGAAGAGAAAACUGAGGCUGCUCGCGAAGAAUCCCAGCAAGCAGUAGUUGACAUUGAUGACCUCGACAAUGUGCAGACUCCUGAAAGUCUAUUGUUGAGUGCUGUCAGCAGUGAGGACACCCAGGAUCGCACUGAUCGUGUUGUCCUCACACCAUGGGUCAAGUUCCUGUGGGAGUCCUAUCGACAGUGCUUGGAGCUUCUCCGAAACAACUCGCGUGUGGAAUGCCUCUACCAUGACAUUGCACGCCAAGCAUUCAAAUUCUGCCUCAAGUACAACCGCAAGACUGAAUUCCGCAAACUUUGCGAUCAUCUUCGUGCUCAUCUGGGCCAGAUACACCGGCAUCAAAGCCAGCAGACUUCAGUGAACCUCAAUAACCCUGAGAGUCAGGCCAUGCAUUUGGAGACACGUCUUGUCCAGCUGGAUAGUGCCAUUCAAAUGGAACUCUGGCAGGAGGCAUACAAGGCAACGGAGGACAUUCAUGGCCUGAUGACUCUCUCCAAAAAGUCGCCAAAGCCACAGCUGAUGGCUAACUAUUACCAGAAGCUGGCACUGGUUUUCUUGAAAGCGGGCAACCACUUGUUUCAUGCAUCUGCCUUGUUCCGCUACUUCCACCUGGCCAAGGACCUGAAGAAAAAUAUUACGCAGGAAGAAAUUCAGCGCAUGGCCUCACGUGUUGUGCUAGCCACCCUAGCUGUGCCAAUGCCUCCCAACCGGCCUGAAAUUGACCGGCUUGUUGAGACUGAGGAGAAUGUUGGCGAGAAGAACCAGCGCCUUCUGGCCACCCUGCUGGGGCUCAACAACCCACCAACACGGGCCAGCCUAGUGAAGGAGCUGGUGCGCCUUGGUGUGGUUGGCCUGGCACCUCCCCAACUUCAGGAGCUAUACCGCUGGCUGGAAGUGGACUUUCAGCCUCUCAAGUUGUGCGGGCGUGUCAUGCAGUGCUUUGACUUUAUCAACAAAUGGGAAGAGUGCCCUGAACUCCGCAUGUAUGUGUCGGCUCUGCAAGAUAUCACUGUCAUGCGACUGCUGAAAGAGGUGUCGCAGGUUUACCAAACCAUAGAAAUCAAGCGCUUGCUUGAGCUGGCCCCUUUUGCCAGUGCCUUUUACUUGGAGAACAUGGUGGUGGAUGCCGUGCGAAGAAAUGACUUGCAAGUCCGCAUUGACCAUAAACGUCGAUGCCUGCACUUUGGCUCCGAGCUUAGCGUCUCUCAGCAGGAGGAAGUGGUUGAAGGGCCACAUUUGCAGGGGAUGCCUAGUGAACAGAUUCGCUGUCAGCUUGUUAAGCUGUACUCUGUCCUGCAGCGAUCAGUUCAUCUGAUCAGGCCAGAAGAGAUUAAGGACUCUACAAAAGAACUAAAGAUGCACAUCAUAGAUGCAUACCGCCUGGUUUGCAAGAAAGAGCACAAGAAGAUUCUGGAACGCCAGCAAAUUAUUGAGGCUCGCAAGGAGAUGCUGGAGAACCUCACCUUCCAGCGAGAGGAAGAAGAGCGCAAGCAAAUGGAGGAGCGACAACAAAAAAUGCGUGAAGCAGAAGAAGAACGCAUAGUGCGUGAGGCAGAGGAGCGUGCCAAACAGCGUAGCCAGCGGGAACAGGACGAGAUGAAGAAAAAAGUGGUGCUAGAGAAGAUUGAGCUGCUGCGCAAGACUGAUAUUGGGGCACGCAUAUUUGAGGGAUUGGAGGAAGAGGAGCUCGAGCGGCUUGACCCCGAGGAGAUCUUAAAUCGGCAGGUGGAGCAGUUGGACCGUGAACGCAAGGAGAUGCAAACAAAGUUGAAGAAGCAGGAACGAAAGGUGGACUACAUGGAGCGUGCCAAACGUCUGGAAGAGAUCCCUCUGUUGCAGGAGGCUUAUGAGCACUUCAAGCUUGAAGACCAGAAGUUCUGGCAGCAGAAAGAAGAGGAACGUAUUCGGUUGCAAGUACAAGAGCGCGAAGUUGCACUCCAGCACAAGACGAGGCUGUUGCGUAUGCGCGAUGACAAGGAGGAGUUCCUGAGCAAGCUGACGCAGGACCGCUACUCCGUCUACAAGGAGAAGCGCCAGCAGUUCGAGCAGCGGCUUGAAGAGGAGCGCCGCAAGAGGCUGGCGGCUCGCAAAGCCGAGCGCAAGGAAGAGAGACGCGAAAAAUUUCUGCGCGAGCGCGAGGAGGCACGUCGUCGAGCCGCCCUGGAGGAGCAGAAGCGCAUAGAGGCUGAACGAUUGAGUAAGCUACGCGAGAUGGAGGCCAUUAAGCUGGCACGUGAACGAGAGAUUGAGGAGAAGCAGCGGAGGAUGGAAGAGGAGGAGCGCCAACGUCAGGAAGCGGAGAAGAUACGGCAGCUGCCUACCCGCACCGAGGAGAUGAGCAGCUGGCGCAAGCGAGACGAAGAACCAGAGCGUAAGAACGAUUCAUGGAGAAGUCGUACUCGUGACAACCGUGAGAGUGAAAAGGAAUCCUUUGGAAGGAGAGAUCGUGACAAUGAGAAGGAUCGCGAUAAUGAAGACAACUGGCGCCGAAGGAGAGAACUCGACGAUGAGCCCCCGCGACCACGAGCACCAGAGUCGAGCUGGCGCAAGGCUGAACCGGACACUGAAAGGGGCAGUUCCUGGCGUCCUGGCGGAACUUCAUGGCGUCCUGGAGACAAUCGGAUGCGUGAUAGCGACCGCCGACCCAGAGACUUUGAGGAUCGUGGUCGUCGCGACUAUGGCGAAGACCGUCGCCCUCCUCCUCCUCGGGACUUUGACAGAGAGGACCGUGGUGAUCGUCGUCCUCCCCGGGAAUUCGACAGAGAAGAUCAUGGUCGCCAAGAGUUUCGUAGGGACUUUGGGCGUGCCAGAGAGUUUGGGGAUGAUCGUCCUGCCAGGUCUGGGGAGAGUGACAACUGGCGUUCUGGGCUCAAGGAAUCAAGAGGUGGUGGUGGGCCUGGCUGGCAGUCGGAUGAUAAACGUCCAUCUCCACGAAAAGAUGAUCGCAUUACUGGCUCCUGGAGAGACAAAGAAGACAGGCCAAACAAGCCCCAUGACGAUGCCGAUGAGGGUGGCUGGAAGACAGUCCACUAAAUCAAGUCUUACCAUCACUUUGGCCAAUGAUAUUUAAAAGUUGACAGUAUAGACGCUGGCCUACUAGAGCUGGCAAUUAUGCUUCGCUGCUAAAUGGGUGGAAAGUGCAACAUUGCCAACAGUAUAUUUGAUUUCUGUUGUCCACUUCAUGUGCACUUCAAGAAUCACUGCAAGAAGACUUUAUUGUCAUUUCUUUUUUUCAGCAUUUAUUCUAAAUGAUUAAAUUGGUGCAGAAACAAA